AUGGAGCAAGCUGAAUCUCACAUGAUCAAAGCAGUGCAAGCUAGCUACUUUGAGGAGGAGAUCAAAGCCCUUACUUCGAUCCAGAAAGAAGAAAAUCCCAAAGACACGCCAUCAAAUUCCAAAAGAAAAUCUUCUCUGAAGAGUUGCAGCCCUCUCUUCAAACUUGACCCUUGCGUAGACUGUAGUGGAAUCUCGAGAGUAGGAGGACGUCUAAAGCGUGCAAGCAUGCCAGAUAACGUCAAGUUCCCAGUAGUCCUACCAAGGAAAGGCCACAUCACUGAUCUCGUCAUCAAGCAUUGUCACGACAAAGUGGAGCACCAAGGAAGAGGUAUGACCCUUAGUGAAGUUCACUCCAGGGGAUUUUGGGUCAUCGGUGGUUCUGCAGCAGUAGCCAAGUGCAUCUCCAACUGUGUGACAUGUCGAAAGCUCAGGGGUACAGUUGAGGAGCAGAAGAUGGCCGAAUACCCGCUUGACUGGUCAGAGCCGGCACCGCCCUUCACCUAUAGUGCCGUGGACUAUUUUGGCCCCUGGAUAGUUAAAGAAGGAAGAAGGGACAUGAAGAGAUAUGGCGUUUUAUUUAUGUGUAUGCCUUCUAGAGCUGUACACCUGGAACUUUCUAACUCUCUGGACACGGCAUUCUUCAUCAAUGCGCUCUGCUGUUUCAUAUGCUGCAGAGGACCAGUACGUCAACUAUGGAGCGACCAAGGGAGCAAUUUCAUAGGUGCAAGAAGAGAGCUGAAGGAGGCAUUGGAAGAAUUUGAUGAGGAUCAAAUUAAAAGGGAAUUGCUGGAGGACAACUGCGAUUGGAUCAACUUUAAAAAGAAUGUACCAUCUGCAAGCAACAUGGGAGGAAUUUGGGAGCGCCAAAUUCGCACGGUUUGUGGUGUGUUAGCAGCAAUAUUGGAGAAUAGUACCCAGCUUGAUCACGAAUCCCUGGAGACCUACCUCUGUGAAUGUGAAGCUAUCAACAGUCGUCCACUGACGGUUGACAACUUAAGCGAUCCUAGCUCACAGGAACCACUUACACCAAGCCAUCUCCAUACAAUGAAGUCAAAGGUUCUUCUUCCCCCACCUGGUAUGUUCCAGUCUCCUGACCUCUAUUCAAGAAAACAAUGGAGAAGAGUCCAGCACCUUGCUAAUGAAUUUUGGUGUCGCUGGAGAAAGGAGUUCCUUUUGAGCCUCCAACAGCGUGCUAAGUGGAACCAUCCAAGAAGAAACCUGUCUGUUGGUGACGAGGUGAUAGUGAAAGAUGAUAACCUUCCAAGGAACUGCUGGCAGUUGGCAUGUGUGUCAAAGACAUAUCCCUCUGAAGACGGAUAUAUCCGUUCAGUACAAGUUGAUCUUGGCGACGCCACUCUCCAUGCUGACAGUAAGAGAGAGGGACAUGUCAAACAACUGGACCACCCAGUGAACAAGUUAGUGUUACUGCUUCCUAGUGACACAGAUGCUGUAUGA